AUGGGCAGUCGGUGUCAUAGGGACUUGUGGUAUCUACUUCUCAAGUCUACAUCUAGAGCAUCCAUUACCAUGAAAUUCACAAUUGGUGCCAUCUAUUCCCUUCUUACCACCUCUGUGGUGGCCGCCUCAGGCUCAGACUUCAGCUACAAUGAGCUGAAGGGACCAUUGAACUGGUACAGUCUCGAUAAGGACAACAACGCUGCCUGCGUCCACAGUCACUUCCAAUCCCCCAUCAACAUCGAAACGCGCCAUAUCGGCUACGUCCCGGAAGGCUUCCUGGAGAUAGACAUCCCAGAGACCAACGGCACUAUCUUCAAGAAUAAGGGAAAAACUCUGGAAGUGGACUUGCCCCAGGGCUCUCUGACCGCUGGCAAUACCUGCUACACACUCAGUCAAUUCCACUUCCACACCCCCAGCGAGCACCGAGUCGACUCGCAGUACUUCCCGCUGGAGGUCCACUUUGUCUUCCAGAACAACGCCGGCAACACAGCCGUUGUUGGCUUCCUCUUCGAGCUCUCCGAGUCCAACGAAUCCUCCCCUCUAUUCCACUCCCUCUUCAGCCACGUCUCCAAAAUCGCCUGCCCCGGCUCGUCGACCACCACCGGGCCGAUGGACUUUACCGCAUUAGCGGGCUUUUUCGAGUGCCACCCCGUCUACCAGUAUCUGGGCUCACUUACCACGCCUCCCUGUACUGAAGGCGUGAACUGGUACGUCAGUGCGGGAUACCUUCCGCUCGACGUGCGCAGCUACAACAUCCUCAAAAAGGUGAUCAAGUUCAAUGCGCGGUAUACACAGAACCAGCCUGGCGGCGAGAACCUUCUUAUGCAUGAGGCGGACGCUCUGAGGGCCUCCCGCUUCUCGCACUGA